GACGGAUCGCCGCGAUGAUGGACAACUCGAGCUCCAACAGCACCGUCACCCUGGACGACUUCACCACCAGCGUCCUCACGGGCCGCCUCACGACGAUGACCCUGCCCGCCAUCUACAUCGUCAUCCUGCUCGUCGGCCUCCCGACCAACGUCUCCGCGUUCUGGAUGCUCUGCGGCAGGAUCCGGGCCAGCAGGUCGGCGUCGUCCACCAACAUCUACAUGAUGAACCUCGCGGCGGUCGACCUCCUCUUCCUCGCCUUCCUGCCCCUGCAGAUUGCGUACCACCUUCGGGGCAACGACUGGCCCUUCGGGCGCCCGCUCUGCCACCUCGUCACCACCUUGCUCUACCUCAACACCCACUGCUCCAUCUUCUUCCUCACGUGCAUCAGCGUGGACCGCUACCUGGCCGUGGUGCACCCGCACAGGGCUCAGCGGCUGCGCGGCGCUCGGACCGCCGUGGCCGCCAGCGCCUGCACGUGGGUCAUCAUCCUGCUGUUCGCCUCGCCGCUGCACUUCAUCAAGCUGACGAUGGACGUGCCACAGCUCGGCAUCACCACCUGCUACGACGUCUUCCCCAAGAUGGGCUCGGUGGUGUCGUUCUUCCAGACGUACUGCGUCGUCUUCUUCGCGUGCGUCUUCCUCGUCCCCUUCUCCGUCACCGUCUUCUGCUACCUGGCCAUCAUCCGCUCGCUGCUGCUCGGCAGCAGUGGCAACGGUGGUGCCGCGGCGAGCAAGGGGGCCGCCCACGUGCGCCGCCACGCGGCCCAGCUCUCCGUGGUCGUGCUGGCGACGUUCGUCACCUGCUUCGCGCCCUGCAACUGCGUGCUACUGGCGCACUCGCUGAUGCACCGCGUCGCCGGCGGCAGCAACCUCUACGGCGUCUACAAGCUGUGCCUGGCCUUCAGCAGCCUCAACACCUGCUUCGACCCGCUCGUCUAUUACUGCGCCUCGGCCGAGUUCCGUCGGCGCCUGCGCUCCGCGCUGCGCUGCCGCCGCACCAGCGACGAGACGAGCCGCUCCUUCUCGGAAGCGGGCAAGCCCAGCCUGGCCCGCGCCGGAGGAGCGGCGCGGAGGUCCGAUGAGUCCUCGUCCAUCAAGAAGUCCUCGGUGUCCGUGAGCAGCCUGUGAGAUGCGGCGGCCGUCGGGGGAAGGUUUCUUUCGGUGUGACAGAAAACGGAAGGCGUCAAGCGCGGGUCAAUGGUUAAAGGGUAAGCGGGAAUGAUAGCUGCGUUCGAAUUGCCAAUAUUUGGUUUGGAAUUUUUAAAAAACAGGAUUACGUUUACAUCAUGAGACCUCCUUUGCCAGUUCCAAAAUGAAAUAAUAGGGUUUUUCCCCUUUUUUUCUGGCAACA